AAUGAAAUAUUUGCCCUUAAAAACCAGGCCUAACUUGAACCAGGUUUUAGAGUCUAAUGAUUUCAUCCAAACUUUAGUGUUUAAAUUUAAUUAGUCAAGAGUUCAAUUGGACUUGAAAAAAAUCCCUUAAUCCUCAAAAUUUCCUCAUGUUUUUUUUUAAAAAAAAAAAAAAGGGGGUUGGGCCGAGCCUGUACUUCUCAUUUAUAGUGUUUUGCUUGCUCAAGCCUUCAAAGCACAAUGCCUUCUCCACGGCAACUUCGGUUCUUUCACUCCGUUUCCCGCCAUUAUGUGCCUCGCUGCUUCUCUCCCCACUCCACUGCCACAACUCUAACCAAGCAUUCAUGGAUCUUUCUCCUUCAAAACUGCAAAUCUGUGAACGACCUCGAGCAAAUCCACGCCCAGAUCUUCAGUCUGGGGUUCCAACAAGACAGCGCCAUCCUCAACAAGCUUAUGGCCUUCUGCACAGACCCUUCUCGUGGAGACUUGCGCUAUGCAGAGAAAAUCUUCAAUUCCAUUCAACUUCCAUCUUUGUUCGUUUACAAUGUUAUGAUCAAGGCAUUCGCCAAGAAGGGUAGUUUUGAAAAAGUGAUUUUGCUCUUCUGGAAUUUGCGGGAACAAGGAUUGCAGCCUGAUAAUUUUACGUACCCGUUUGUUCUUAAGGCCAUGGGAUGUUUGGGGGAGGUGCUUGAGGGGGAAAAGAUUCAUGGAUUUACCGUAAAAUGUGGGCUUGGCUUUGAUUCUUAUGUCUGCAACUCACUAAUGGAUAUGUAUGCUCUGUUUGGUAGGAUUGGGAAUGUGGAGAAGCUGUUCGAUGAAAUGCAUGAAAGAGAUGUUGUUUCUUGGAAUAUUUUAAUUGGUGGGUUUGUCAAGUGUAGGAGGUUUGAAGAUGCUUUAAAUGUUUUUGGACAGAUGGAAAAAGAGAGUAACAUGAGACCUAAUGAAGCCACUGUUGUUACCUCUCUGUCUGCCUGUACAGCUUUGAAAAAUUUGAAAUUUGGCAAGCAGAUUCACCGUUAUGUUACAGAGGAGCUUGAGUUGACUAGUAUAAUUGGGAAUGCAUUGGUAGACAUGUACUGCAAGUGUGGGUGUUUCAGUACAGCCUGGAAAGUUUUUGAUGAGAUGCCAAGUAAGAAUGUAAUUUGUUGGACUAGUAUGGUCGCUGGUUAUGCUAACUCAGGUCAGCUAGAUGAGGCUAGAAAAUUAUUUGAGAGAAGUCCUGUCAGGGAUGUUGUUCUUUGGACAGCUAUGAUCAAUGGGUAUGUGCAAUUCAACCAUUUUGAUGAAGCUGUGGAAUUGUUUCGAGAAAUGCAAAUCCAAAGAGUUAAACCAGAUAAAUUUAUUCUGGUUUCCCUCCUAACUGGUUGUGCUCAUCUGGGAGCCCUCGAGCAAGGCAAAUGGAUCCAUGAAUACAUAGAUGAAAACAGAAUUCCAGUGGAUACAGUUGUUGGUACUGCUCUCAUAGACAUGUAUGCAAAAUGUGGAUGCAUAGAGAAAGCUUUGGAAAUUUUCUAUGGUUUGAGAGAAAAAGAUACAGCCUCUUGGACUUCUGUUAUAUGUGGGCUUGCUAUGAAUGGUAAGACAAGUAAGGCACUGGAGUUGUUCUCAGAAAUGAAACAGGCUGGACUUAAACCUGAUGAUAUCACCUUUGUUGGUGUUUUAAGUGCUUGCAGUCAUGCAGGGAUGGUUGAGGAAGGCCAAAAGUUCUUUGAUUCGAUGACAAGGAUAUAUCAGAUUGAACCAAAGCUAGAGCACUUUGGAUGUCUGAUUGAUUUACUGGCUCGAGCUGGACUGUUGAUUGAGGGAGAGAAAUUGAUAGAAAGCAUACCUGUUGGAAAUAGUGAGAAUUUGAUCCCAUUUUAUAGUUCAUUACUCAGUGCAUGCAGGAUUUAUGGCAAUGUUGAGAUGGGAGAACGAUUGGUUGAACGAUUGGUGAAUCUUGAAUCAAGUGAUUCAAGUGGUCAUACACUUCUUGCCAAUAUUUAUGCCUCAGCUGAUAGAUGGGAAGAAGUAACAAAAGUCAGAAAGCAGAUGAAAGAUCUUGGAGUCAAAAAGGUGCCUGGAUGCAGUUCAAUUGAGAUUAGGGGUGUUAUUCAUGAAUUUCUUGUUGGGGAUCCAUCUCACCCAGAGAUAAAAGAAAUUUAUUCUACAUUGCAUAGGAUGUCCAAGUUAUUAUCAGUUCCAGAUGAUCAAAGCAGCCUCUUAUAAAACUUUUGUUGCAAUAAUUUGAAUACUAACGCAGCCUCUUGGAUUUAUACUAGGCUUAGUCAUAGAACUGGAAAACUGGAGCAUUGAGUUUGAUCAAUUUUGGGUGUCAUUCAGCUAAUGAAGAUCUAAACUUGGUCUCUUGAUAAAUAAUAUACUCAAGAAAAAAUUUGAACAAGUUUCAAUGAUUCAUCAGAUUGGCAAAGAGGAAGGAGACCAUAGAUUUUGUAAAGCUUAUUGAAGGAAUUUGCUGUGGAGAUGCCAACACCAACUUGAUUCACUGGAUUCAUAAUGCUUUUAACCUGGAAAAGAGCCCUACUUUGCUAAUCUUCACAUCUUUCUUGGCAAAGGUGCUCCUCCUAGCAGGUAUUCUCUUUCCUUCUAUUGUAUGUCCAAAGAUAUGGUUACAUGAUAAAUUAUAUUCAUUCACUAGUAAUCUCCUUUUGUUAAUCUUGUACUCUUGAACCUCUAAUUUUAGGCCUGUGUUUGUAAUGAAUACCAUAUGCUUGUAAUUUUGAAAAAUAAAUGCAUUUACUUAGU